AUGGGGUUCUUCGGCAAGAGUACUGCACCCGAAGAUGCUAUUCAACGAGCGCCGGAGUCCGAGGAUGUCGAAAAGACCGCGCCCGCUCACCAGGAGAGCGAGCCGGCUCAACCCCCCGCAGAAACCUCCAUCAUUUCCCCGGAGUUAGAACGCCGAGUGUUGCGCAAGUUGGACCUGCGAGUUCCGACUCUGAUGGGCUUUUUCUAUCUGCUUGCCUUCCUUGAUCGCAGUAAUAUCGGCAAUGCCAAGAUUGCAGGGAUGGAGGAAGACCUCUCUCUGAACGGGCAAAAGUACUCGUGGCUGCUGACGAUCUUCUAUAUUUCCUAUACGGUGUUUGAAUUCCAGGCCCUGAUGUGGAAGAUCGUCAAGCCUCACCAGUGGGCUGCAUUUACGGUCUUCUCCUGGGGUCUGGUUUCAACAUGUCAGGCCGCGACUUCGAAUUGGCAAGGCAUGAUGGCCCUGCGCUUUUUGAUGGGAGCAUUCGAGGCUGGGUUUGGCCCCGGUGUGCCGUACUUGCUGUCGUUCUUCUACCGGCGCCAUGAGCUGGGUCUCCGGUGCGGUCUGUUCCUUUCUGCGGCUCCGCUGGCGAACACUUUUGCCGGGGCUUUAGCCUACGGUAUCACCUCGGGCCACGCUGCGUUGGCUAAUUGGCGAGUUUUGUUCCUGGUUGAGGGUCUUCCAGUCUGCGCCGCGGCGCUGUUGGCGUGGUUCUACUUGCCAGACUCUCCGUCAGCAGCCAGGUUCCUCACAGAGGAAGAGAAAGAGGUGGCGCGCGCCCGUGGUCUGCAGCAGACAGGUGAAUCGGAGCGGGAGGGCAAGAUCCAAUGGAAGGAGUUGGCAUCGACACUGAUUGACAUGAAAGCAUGGCUCACAGCGCUGAUCUACUUCAGCUGCAAUGUCAGCUUCUCAUCUCUGCCCGUAUUUCUGCCCACCAUUCUCAAGGAAAUGGGCUUUACAGCCAUUAAUGCUCAAGGGUUGACGGCGCCGCCCUUCUUUGCCUCGUUCUUGGCGACGAUCUCGACCACCUGGGUGGCAGAUCGCUACCAGCAGCGUGGCCUCACGAUCGCAGUCCUGUCGCUGAUCGGCGGGAUUGGGUAUAUCCUGUUGGUCUCCUGCGAAUCGGUCGGUGUUCGGUAUUUCGGCGUCUUCCUGGCCGCCUGUGGUAUCUUCCCGUCAAUCGCCAAUGUCCUGCCGUGGGUGCUGAACAACCAAGGAUCCGACACCCGCCGUGGUGGAGGCAUCAUCCUCCUCAAUGUCAUCGGCCAAUGCGGACCCUUCCUCGGCACCAACGUCUUCCCCGAUGCUGAUGCUCCACGCUACACCCGGGGCAUGUCAAUCUGCGCUGCGUUCAUGUUCUUCUCUACGUUGCUGGCCUUGGGGCUUCGCUGCCUUUUGGUCUGGGAGAACCGACAGCUUGACAAGAAGUACGGGCCAAGGAUUGAGGCUGACCUAGCCAAGUCUGACGAUACACCUGUGGCUCAGGAGAACUACGGUGCCACCUUCCGGAACGUCCUGUAG